GCAGGCUGCACAAUGAUCAAUGCAUGAAAAUUAAAAUUACAUUUGCUUUAAAUUUCUUAUCUUCGACAUGAAGUGCAUAUCUUGCGAGGGCAGAUACGACGGAGACGACGCCGGCACUUGCAAGCAGUGCCACGAGGACCACAAGGCCAAGGUUGCUUUUCUCACCACGACCCAUCCAUCUUCCUUCUCUGACAUAUUUCUGUUUGCCUCCGACGACGAAGAGGCCGCUGGACCCGUUCCGGCCCAUAAGGCCGUUUUGGUGAGCCGUUCUCCGGUGUUGAGAGCUAUGCUUGAAAAUGAGAUGGAAGAAAGCCGGAGCGGCACCAUCAAGAUUGGCGAAGUGUCCUACGGCGCCCUUUAUACCUUUGUGAACUACCUAUACACAGCUGAGGUAUGCCUUGACAAGCAAUUGGCAUGUGACCUCCUAGUAAUGGCUGAAAUAUACCAGGUGCAACAUCUCAAAAACUACUGCCAGAAGUUCUUGGUGUCCAACCUCAACUUGGACAAUUCACUUUUGACGUACACCUUUGCGCACCAGCAUAACGCUAAGCCGGUCAUCCAUGCAGCCUUGACGUUGAUCAUAGACAACAUGGACAAACUUACUGCCCGGGAAGAGUACGCUGAACUAAAGGAGAAAGAUCCACAACUUGUAUUUGAAAUCUAUGAAGCCUAUCUCUCUAAACAAGUUAAUGAAGCAGCAGCAAAGAAGGCAGUGGCGGAGCUAGAAGCUAAUAUGUGGGAGUACCAGUAACAUAAAUGCAAGAUUAUAUAGAGUUAUAUUUUAACUAAUAUUGUAGUUGAUGCAUAAGAAAAAAUUGAGUUUUCAUGGAAUUAUGA